GGAGCGUCUGAGGCACGCGUCAGAGUCAGUCACAAGUGCGCAGACGCAGGCGCGCGGCGGGAGAGACGCCCGCGUGAGGAGGCGUCGGCCGCGUCGUGGGCGAUGGCGGCGAGGCCUGUGUGUGAGAUUUUGAAAUAUGUAAUUUUUCACUGGAAAUGGGAAGCUGCAGCAGGAAGCAGGAAAGACUUGUUGGAAGGGGAGCUUCUUAUUUCCAUAGAAGCAUCAAGUUCAGAACAUCAAGCAAACACUUUCCAUUAUGUGACAACCAUUGCCUUUGCAGAAAGCACGUGUGGUGACUUGGUGCCCAAGCAGUUCCUAAAAGAAAUUCAGUUACUGUUGUCAGGAUUCUCUGGAAAGCUGACUUGGCCUUCAAAGGAAGCUAGUUGUUCCCAGGACCUGUCAGACUUGGUACCCUUCCAAAUGACAGUUGAGGUUGAUGAAAAGCCCACCACUUUGAAGACAGAUUGUCUGGUUAUAAAGCAGUUUUUGCACAAAACCAGCGUAGUUCACCCAAAGGUCACAUUUCACUUCAGCAUGAAGGUGAAUGGAGUCCUCUCCAAAGAAACCUUUGGGGCUGAGAAGGAGCCCAUUGUGAAGCUGCCAAAUGGGAUUGGGCUGCUCACAGAUCAGCGCCACUAUAUGAGGCCAGGAUCUCCUGGGGUCCAGCGAGUCUGUAGCAGAAUCCACCCUGUGCUGGGGCAUCCUGUUGCCCUCUUCAUUCCUGAUGAAGAAGCCCAUGUGGGUUUACCUGGGGAGCUGACCCUCACUCCAGCAGCUGCUUUGUGUCCCUGUGGCCACCAGCUUUAUCCCAACCAAACCAGCAGGCUCUCCACAGCCUUCAUAUCUCCACCAUAUGUGUUUCUAUAUGGACCUUCAGGUCUGCCUCUAACAUUUCCAAAUCAGAAGAACCUGUUAACUGUCUUCGACAAUAAUUCCUACCUUUUGGACUGGAAGAAAUAUCACUUGCAUGCAGUACCCAACUUGAAUAUCAGUUUGGAGGAAGACUCCUGCCUGCUUCCAGAUGUGAGUUACCGCAUAGAGUCCCCUGAGCAGAGCCAGCCCCAGGACUCUGGUACGGAGGAAGAAGUUCUGCUGCUCUUUCUCUUUGUGGAUUUCUCCAAUGGAUUUCGGGCUCAGCUGACCGAGGCCUGGGGGAUGCAGGCUCUGCUUCUGACCCAGCUCAACAGCAUCCUGCUCCAGAACCGGAGCCUGGUGCAGGCCGCCGUCCAUGUGGCCGUGGACCAGGCCUUGGGGCAGCACUGUGGCCUGGUCAAGGCCCAGCAGAAGCUGCAGGCCUCCAUCCCGGUGGCCGUGAGCUCCAUCCUGAGCAUCGUGGCUGGCAGCACCAGCAGAAGCUUCCGGGCACUUUGUCUCGAGACCCUUCAGGCGGCUGAUACCCAGGAGUUUCGCAUGAGACUGCACAGAGCCUUCCAGCAGACUCUCCUUCACCCCUCUACCUGCGCCCCGAAGAACAUGAAACUUGGAGAAGCGGGUCAGAGAGCAUGUUCGGACGACACCAAGUCCAGGGUUCCUUCCAAGCAGCAUCGCUGCUGUAGGGACGGGGGUGCAGAGCGGCCCUGUCGCAGGCCGUGGAGAAGGGACGUCAGCUGGCCGCUCUCGCCGCGCUGGUGUGGGAGGGCGCCCUACUUCUGGGAGCUUUCACCUCACAAGCUCUUCUGGAGAAGGAAAUCCCUCCGAUGGGGCCGGGGUCCUACGAUUGCUAAACUCACUCGGGGUUUCUGGUUCCUUGACCAGCCGCUUCCUGAGCCGGCCGGCCCCGAGGAGAGGAAGGACGGGGACAAGAGCCUGGAGGAGCCCGUCGCAGGGAGCUGCUGUCUAGGGAAGGCCCCAAGGCUCAAGAGGUGCUGCCAAGGAGAAGGUGUGGGGAGGAGGACCCAGGCUGAUGGCCUGGGGGAAGCCACCCAGCCCCCUGUUGACCCGAAGCCCCCCUGUCCCCAGGCCCCGGGCUGGGGCAGUCCAGAACCGGGCUGGGAGGACUCGCUAUGGCUGCAGGUGCUGUCCAACCUGUCGGAGCGGCUCGGGGGCGGCCCUGGCCCUUAGGGGCAGUCCCCCCUCCCUUCUUUCAAUAAAGGCGCCCCAACCCCGC